GCAGCAGGUUGGACAGGACAGGGGAGAGGAGCACGGACAGACACCAGUUUAUCCCUCGGGAGUUAUCUGAGCUAUCCGUUAUUAUUCCCACAUUUCUACCAAUUCAAGAGGAAAAAAUGGCUUUGACUCAAGAAUCUCUUUUGUCUUUUUUGCUGGAGCACGGAGGCAAAGUGAAAAACUCGGAGCUGGUGAACAACUUCAGGACUCAGAUCAACUGCAGCGAUCCCGCGGAAAAGCAGCACAAUAGGGACCUUUUCAAGAAGUUGGUGAACAGCGUCGCAGUGGUGAAACAGAUCGACGAGGUGAAGUUUGUGGUCGUGAAGAAACGCUAUCAGGACUUCGUAAGAGAGGGAGCGUACGAUGCAACCCCGCAGAAAAAAACGCAGAUGGACGACGAACACAAUAGCAGCUUUUCGUUUCCAUCUCCUCACCGAGCCGAGGCAGGCAGGGUGAUUUAUUCUGACAUUGAAAACAAUAAUACGUGCUACCCCUCGAACAUAAAUGGCAGCUAUUGUAGUGAAGCCAAACGUAAGUCUGUGGGGGGUAUGCACGACAAGAGGCAGUUAUUAAGAAGCAAUAGUGGGGAGGCUACCACGGUUAAAGUCCUGAAUAUCUCCGGAGAUCAGGCGAGGAAAUCUGGUGCUGUGUUCGCUGUCAUAGCGGUAAAAUCCCCCCCGAGAGACUCUGCACCAGCAGCACAGGAUGAAAUACAUUCCCCAGUGCAUCCACAUAAAACCUCAGACAAACCAAUCACGUUUACAACUAAAGUUUCCUCACCAUCAACUCUGAAUCUUAACUUUCCAGCUUGUAAAAAGAGUGCACAAAGUGAGUCCCAGUGUUGGAAAAACAAACAGAUGGAGGACAUGCAACCCCCAAGAUUUUCCCUGGGGAGGUCUCAAAGCAAGAGAGAUGAUGCAAAGUACUCAGAGUCAGUGCCUUUGGAGCCAUUAGCUCAUGAGUGGUUGGUAAAGUGUGCAGCUGGACUGUGGGGUCACAUCCACGGUCUGCUGCUACAGGACACUCGGCUGGCACAGAAGAAAGACUUCAUGUCAGGAUUCACGGCACUGCAUUGGGCCGCCAAGGACGGCAACAGUCAGAUGAUACACAAGCUGCUGGACAUCUCCAGGAGAAGAGGAACCUGUGUAAACAUCAACAGCAAAGCACACGGAGGGUACACACCUUUGCACAUAGCAGCCAUGCACGGCCACACUGAAGUGAUGUUUCAGCUCGUGCAAGUUUAUGGAGCCAGUGUAAAUGAGAGAGAUAAUGAUGGCAAGAAGGCCUUCCACUACCUGGGCAAAAAUGUGUCAUCUGAAGUCAGAGCACUUAUGGGAGGACUGCAGCACAGCAAGUGCAGGGAGAAGAUAGACGACGAAGAAUACAGAGAGCACCAGAAAGGCUUCAACACCAUAAGUAAACUGUUCCAGCCGCAUAUAGGGAGGAAACAGAAAAACUAGUUUGCUCUGGAAUGGUGAGAGUGACAUGGAGGACCAGGACAAUAGGACAAUUGUAAUAGCUAAUACUGUCUGAGUUUGUAUAGUAUGUUAAUAUGAAACAACACACCCAUUGUUUAUCCUCUGCAUCACUUAACGUGUUAUGAGUCUCUCUGUACUAUUGUAGCGCUUUUGUACAGUGUAUCACUGCUGGAUGUACUAUUUAUAAGCAGUUAGUAUUAUUUAAUCAACUUGUUUUCCUUAGCUUAAUUCCUUGUUUUAAGAAUGAGUGUUAUUUGGAUCCCGUUUAAUUUAUUUUUCUUACUAACAACACAAGCAAUCCAAGAUAUUUACACAUAUUUUCAUUACUUUUUGUGGAACACAUCUGUAGAAGUUACCAAUUGAUUUGUGACUUCAAAGUUUGAGGAUGAAUGAAAUAUGAUAUGGGAAACAGUUGCUAUCAACACUGGUGUGAAACAUUGUGUUGUUGCUUUUGUGCACAGCAGAUUUAUUUAUGAUAUAACUAUGAUCAAAAUAAAGUAUUUUCAUUUUCAAAAGAGA